AUGGACUCCGAGGUCCCCCUCCCUCCACCCCGGCGCAUUCGACACAGAUCACCACGCGGAGUCGCAAGCGCAAACACAGACCCCUCAACACAAACACAACCAUCCACAUCAACAUCAGUCGCCUCAUCAUUCCGUAAAACGCGCCGCUUCUCCCGUUUCGACGACCGAUCCAGUCAACCAUCCAGUGACCCAGCCCUAUUCUCAAGCGACGAUAUCCCCGCGUCAGGACUAGAGAACUACCAUGCUGGCGUGACGACGGGCGGAGGACGAAAGCGGCGGUAUCGCGGAACCUGGUGGGGAGAGCAGGUGGUUGAUCCGAAGAGGAAGAGGGCUGAUUUUAAAGAGAAGAGGAAUGUGGAUAGUGGUGUUUGGAUGGGGAGUGAUGAGUCUGGCGCUGAGUCGCUUUUGCCUUCUGAGGAUUCGCCGUGGGGGGAGGAUUUGUUGAAGACUGUUUUGGAUCCCAAGGGGGUGGGGAAGAUUGGUUUUGGACCUGGUGGGAUUGGGAUUGGGAGUGAAAGUGGGACUUCAUUGUCUUCUGCUUCUGCUUCUGUUAGUGCGACGGGCUCAUCGGUUCUACCGUUGCCGAUUUUGAAGGGACUGAAUGAGUUGGAGGAGCAUCGUUUCGCCAGGUCUGUUGUUAAUGAUUGUUUGGAGAAGGGAGAGGAUGUUGUUGACCUUGGAAACUUCAAUAUACGAAAUAUCCCAUCUGGGUUACUUCAGCCACUACAACACCUAACCAAGCUUCCAUCCCUGAGAGAGGCCCCAUUAACUGAAAACGCAUAUACAUCUCUCCAACCUUUUCUGAGUAUAUAUCUCUCUGGAAACUCUCUAAUCCAACUGCACCGCGAACUCUUCGAGUUAAACGCUCUAAAGGUUCUCAGCGUGCGAAACAACAAGCUCCACGAGAUCCCAUCCACAAUCAAAAAAUUGACAUCACUCGAAGUCCUAAAUGUAUCGGUCAAUCGUCUAGUUUCUUUACCCUGGGAACUUCUUUCUCUUCUUGACAAAGGCGACUUGAAGCACCUUACCGCGCGCCCGAACCCAUUUCCAUACCUCGAUGAAACCUGCGACGUUGCAAAAUGGUACUGGGCAUUGAGAGAGAGAGAAGACAAAUAUGAUGAAUAUGACUCCGAGCCUGAUUGUGACCUUGUGCCGUUCUUCAACGCACCUCGAUUCACCGAAUAUAACGAUUCAUCUGAUCCUCCUCCAAAUGCCUGGACAGCCAUCCACGUCGCUACAAGUCCAACAAAACGACUAGACAUGGAAGGCAAGGCAGUUGAAGAGCCAUUACUCCCCAGUAUACAAUCACAACGGAACACAAACGCUCCGUCCCUACGUGAAGUUGCCCUCCGAGCUGUCUGCAAACUACCAGACCUCGACCACCUCACCGAGGAAGAGCUAGCAGAUUUUCCCGCCUUAGUGAUCCCGCUAAUGCAGCAAGUGAAGAAGAUCCGUGCAGCGGGUGGACAAUCAUGUUCAGUUUGUGAAAAAGAGUAUAUAAUUCCUCGGACAGAGUGGUUGGAAUGGUGGGAUAUUAUCCCCCACGAGAAUGGAAUGAAGCGUCCGCGGUCUUCGGGGGAGACUCUUCGUCCUUUACCCUUUAAGCGAUUUGGGUGUAGCUGGGUCUGUGUGCCUGAACUUGAACUUGAUUGA